AUGGGACCGACGAUUAUAUACAAUGUUCCUGGUCGAACAGGGCAGGAUAUACCUCCUCGUGCCAUCUUCGAACUUUCUCAGAAUCCUAAUUUGGCUGGUGUGAAGGAAUGUGUUGGGAACAAGCGUGUUGAAGAGUACACUGAGAACGGAGUUGUUGUGUGGAGUGGGAAUGAUGAUGAGUGUCAUGAUUCUAGAUGGGACUAUGGAGCAACCGGGGUUAUAUCUGUUACUAGUAACUUAGUUCCGGGUUUGAUGAGGAAAUUGAUGUUUGAAGGUAGGAACUCGUCUUUGAACUCAAAGCUUUUACCUUUAAUGGCUUGGCUAUUCCAUGAGCCAAACCCGAUUGGAGUUAACACUGCUUUGGCUCAGCUUGGAGUGUCGAGGCCUGUUUUCAGGUUACCGUACGUCCCAUUGCCUUUGUCGAAGAGGCUUGAGUUUGUGAAACUGGUGAAGGAGAUUGGACGAGAGCAUUUUGUGGGUGAGAAAGAUGUGCAGGCUCUUGAUGAUGAUGAUUUUAUCCUUAUCGGUCGAUAUUAG